CGACUUUGUCCCAUGAAAAAUGUCACCAUUUCAUUCUUCUUUCAACUCUCAGUUUCUUCAUAGUAUAUAUUUCCCUGUGUUCUUUUUAGCCUCUCUGCAAAUCUGGCAUUCAUGCCCCUCCUCCCUUCACCUUAUCUUCUUUCUGUUCCAUUUGUUUCCUAGUCUUUGUUCUUUUCCUUUGUCUGGUUUUGUACUGCCCCUCAUGAAUUCUUGAUUCCCCCCUUCCAUUUUCAAGACUUCUGUGAAUGAACCCCCAACUACCCAGAGUUUCUUGUAGCUUUUGAGUGAAAUUUCAUAUAAAUAGCAAUAGCAAUGAUUCCCACACAUAGAGAGGAAUAGAAAGUCUGGGUCUUGGGUAUUCUUGGUUUGUCCUCCUUUGGCACUUCCUAUUUGGGGAAAAUUUGAGGUUUCUUGAAAGUAAAACCCUAAAAAUGGAAUCUUUGAGCUUGUUUUUGUUACUUGUGAUGGUAACAAUGUCUGCUGAGCCAGGGAGUAGUAGCGAUUCUAUAAAAGACAAGACCAUCCUGCUGUCAAUUGGGAAAGAGCUAGCGAUACCAGGGUGGGAAUCCAACGGCCCAGAUUUCUGCUCUUGGAGUGGAAUUGGGUGCAGCUCAGACCAAUCAACAGUGGAGAUUCUUGAUCUUUCUUACUUGAGGUUGCAAGGUAACCUUUCUUUAAUAUCUGAGCUCAAAGCUUUGAAGUGGCUUGACCUUUCUGGCAAUGAUUUCCAAGGACCAAUCCCACCCUCUUUUGGGAAUUUAUCUCAUCUUGAGUUUCUUGAUUUGUCUUUCAACAAUUUUGAGGGUUCCAUCCCUAGGGAACUUGGUAGCCUCAGAAACCUCAGAACAUUGAACAUCUCAAACAAUUUGCUCUCAGGAGAUAUACCUGAUGAACUCAAGGGGCUAGAGAGUCUUUUGGAUCUUCAGAUGUGUGCUAAUAAGUUGAAUGGUUCUAUUCCAAUGUGGGUUGGGAAUUUGACCAGCCUGAGAGUCUUUGCAGCCUAUGAGAACGAAUUCACCGGUCCCAUUCCAGAGAAUUUAGGCUUGAAUUCCUUGCUAAGGUCAUUAAACCUUCACUCAAACCAUCUUCAAGGGAUGAUUCCAGAAUCUCUGUUUGCAACGGGGAAGCUAGAGGUUCUGGUUCUGACCCAGAAUCAGUUGGUGGGGAAAAUACCCGAAUCGAUCGGGAGAUGCAGAGGCCUAUCGAGCAUUAGGAUCGGGAAUAACCGACUUGUAGGACCGGUUCCCAAAACGGUUGGUGACAUCAUAAGCCUUGCUUACUUUGAAGCUGACAACAAUGAUCUCUCUGGGGAGAUUCUCCGAGAGUUUGCACAAUGCACUAAUCUCACUCUCCUUAACCUGGCUUCGAAUGGAUUUACGGGAACCGUUCCUCCAGAGUUCAAGAAGCUCACCAAUCUCCAGGAGUUGAUUGUUUCCGGAAAUGCCCUUUUCGGAGAAAUCCCCACGGGAUCAAAGAAUCUGAACAAGCUUGAUUUGAGCAAUAACAGAUUCAACGGAACGAUACCCCAAGAUAUAUGUAAAACCUCAAGAUUGCAGUAUCUACUGUUGAGUCAGAACUCAAUAAGAGGAGAGAUACCAAAUGGGAUUGGGAAUUGCUUGAAGUUACUUGAGUUGCAGGUGGGAAGAAAUUACCUGUCAGGGCACAUCCCACCAGAGAUAGGGCAUAUGAAGAACUUGCAGAUUUCUUUAAACCUCAGCCACAACCAUCUCAGUGGAGUGUUACCCGAGGAGUUGGGAAAACUCGACAAGUUGGUUUCUUUAGAUGUGUCAAACAAUCAGAUCUCAGGGAACAUUCCAUCAGAAGUGAAGGGCAUGUUGAGUUUGAUAGAGGUUAACUUUUCAAACAACCGAUUAUCUGGACAGAUACCGGUUUUCGUGCCACUACAGAAGAGCUCAAACUCCAGCUUUCUUGGAAACAAAGGACUCUGCGGUGACCCUUUGAGUAGUUCUUGUGGAAACCUCAAUGGCAACUACAACAACCAUCAUAAAGUCUCAUACCGGAUCAUCUUAGCUGUCAUUGGUUCUGGUUUGGCAGUCUUCAUAUCUGUUACUGUGGUUGUUGUUCUGUUCAUGAUGAGGGAGAGAGAAGAAAAAGCUGCAAAAUCCGAGGAAGAAGAGAUCUGUAGGCAGCCAGUUAUGAUUGCAGGAAAUGUUUUUGUUGAGAAUCUCAAACAAGCCAUAGAUUUCGAUGAUGUCGUAAAAGCCUCCAUGAAAGAUUCAAAUAAGGUUAGUGUCAGUACAUUUAGCACUGUGUAUAGAGCCGAUAUGCCCUCCGGUUUGGUUUUAUCCGUUAAGAGGCUGAAAUCAAUGGACAAAACAGUCUUGCAAUACCAAACCAAGAUAAUCCGGGAGCUUGAGAAGCUGAGUAAGCUCUGCCAUGAAAAUCUGUUGAGGCCUAUUGGGUUUGCAAUCUACGAAGAUAAUGUUCUCCUGCUGCAUCAGUGCUUCCCAGAUGGGACAUUGGCACAGUUUCUUCAUGAAUCAGUGAAGGGACCUGAAGACUAUAAAACUGAGUGGCCAAGAAGACUGUCAAUCGCCAUUGGAGUGGCAGAAGGGCUGGCUUUCCUUCAUCAUGUGACGAUUAUUCACCUCGAUAUCUCUUCUGGGAAUGUGGUUCUUGACUCAAAUUUCAAGGCUUUGGUUGGUGAAGUUGAGAUAUCUCGGCUUCUUGACCCCUCCCGGGGAACUGCCAGCAUCAGUGCUGUUGCUGGUUCAUUUGGUUACAUUCCUCCAGAAUACGCGUACACAAUGCAAGUGACUGUGCCGGGAAACGUGUACAGCUUCGGGGUCAUCUUGCUCGAGAUUGUGACAGGUAGGCAACCAGUCGACGAAGCCUUUGGGGAAGGAAUGGACUUGGUGAAGUGGGUCCACGGCGCGUCAGCGAGAGGGGAGACGCCGGAGCAGAUUCUUGAUGCCACUCUCAGCACGGUUUCCUUCGCUUGGAGGAAGGAAAUGCUGUCGGUUCUGAGAGUGGCACUGCUCUGCACCGACAGCACGCCCGCGAAGCGGCCCAAGAUGAAGAAGGUGGUUGAGAUGCUCAGAGAGAUCACAGAGGAGUGACUCAUAUUCUUAUAUAUAUCUAUUAGUCUUCUUCUCUACUUAGCCUGGUCCUUGAUGGUAGAGGAACAUGAAAAAUGGCUUAUCUCAACUGAGAAGAAGCAAAGGUAUUAAAAUCUGUAUAUUUGUAAGGGUUUAGGUU